CCGCGAUGCCUCUGGAGCUGGAACUGUGUCCUGGGCGCUGGGUGGGCGGGCAGCACCCGUGUUUCAUCAUUGCCGAGAUCGGCCAGAACCACCAGGGCGACCUGGACGUGGCCAAGCGCCUGAUCCGCACCGCGAAGGAGUGUGGAGCUGACUGUGCCAAGUUCCAGAAGAGCGAGCUGGAACACAAGUUUAACCGGAAGGCCUUGGAGAGGCCGUACACGUCGAAGCAUUCCUGGGGGAAGACCUAUGGGGAGCACAAACGCCACCUGGAGUUCAGCCAUGCCCAGUACAAGGAGCUGCAGAAAUACGCCCAGGAGAUCGGCAUCUUCUUCACGGCCUCCGGCAUGGACGAGAUGGCAGUUGAAUUCCUGCAUGAACUCAAUGUUCCGUUUUUCAAAGUCGGAUCUGGGGACACUAACAAUUUUCCUUAUCUGGAAAAGACAGCCAAAAAAGGUCGUCCAAUGGUGAUCUCCAGUGGGAUGCAGUCAAUGGAUGUCAUGAAACAAGUCUAUCAGAUUGUGAAACCCCUCAACCCCAACUUCUGCUUCCUCCAGUGCACCAGUGCGUACCCACUCGAGGCCGAAGACGUCAACCUGCGUGUCAUCUCGGAAUAUCAGAAGGUCUUUCCUGACAUUCCCAUAGGAUAUUCUGGGCAUGAAACAGGGAUUGCAAUCUCUGUUGCUGCAGUGGCUCUGGGGGCCAAGGUGUUGGAGCGUCACAUAACUUUGGACAAGACCUGGAAGGGUAGUGACCACUCAGCCUCUCUGGAGCCGGGAGAACUGGCUGAGCUGGUGCGGUCUGUGCGCCUCGUGGAGAGGGCGCUAGGCUCUCCAACGAAGCAGCUACUACCCUGUGAGGUGGCCUGCAAUCAGAAGCUGGGUAAGUCUGUGGUGGCCAAGGUGAAAAUUCCAGAAGGCACCGUUCUGACACUAGACAUGCUCACUGUAAAGGUGAGUGAGCCGAAAGGGUGCCCUCCUGAAGACAUCUUUAAUCUGGUGGGCAAGAAGGUCUUAGUCACUGUUGAAGAGGACGACACCAUCCUGGAAGAAUCAGUAGAAAAUCAUGGUAAAAAAAUAAAAGUUUAAGUUCAAGUGCCAUUUCUGAAUUCU